AUGCUUAACCAAUCACCGCCGUCAUUCGGGAACAAUACUCUACAACAUAAUGUCAAUGAAGUUACUCCCAAUGAUAUAGACAACAUAAAUAACGAGGCUAAUAUCAAUGAUACCGUAGAUAAUAUUAUUAAUGGGGACAUAAUAAACGAUAACGCCGCAGUCAUCAUUGGAAACCAAAAUCCAUUUGAAAACAUUUCAGCAAUACCAGUUGUACCUGGGCCAAGUGGGUGCCAGAAAAGAAAGCAACAAGCAAAAAUACUUACAUCACCAGAAAUAAUUGCGAAAAAAGAAACUAAAGACAAAAGGCAGCUGCAAAAUUGA